UUGCCUGAACCAUUUAGACUGUCUCCUCAAGUCUGAAGUGUUCGGGACUAGCCUAGUGUCUGAGAUGUCUCAGACGGUUAGCUAGUUUAUUUUCGUAUUUUUAUUUAUUUAGGUAGUAUUUUGUCAAAUUAGGCUUAGCUUACGAGCGGCCAAUCUCACGUCGUCGUGACGUUUUAGAGUAGACUAGCUAGACGGACGAUUUUUUAUGUUUUUUAGUGCUUAUUUUGUUCUUGCCACACGUUUUAGCUAGCUGCUAUGUUUUAUCGGUCUGUCUCGACCUUAUGAGUAGGCUGUAUUGUAUUCUUAUCGUAUUUUGAGACGGCGCUAGGCCGAGAUAGAAUCUAGGCCGCCGCUGUCAGUUAGGGUAGCCAUUGUUGCUAUCUCACCGUGGUGAUCAUAUUUCAACCGCGGCGCCUCGCUUUCGAGCAAAACUUUGGCUUAACUUCUCGCCAACAACAACAGUCAGUGUUGGUGACGUCAUUAGCUUCUGCUUCAAUAGGUUUAACCAAUCAUAGUUAGGCGUUGGCGUUUUCGCCUGACCUAGAUUUCAGGUCAAAGGUUAUUUUGCUGUAAUUUUCCAUUCUAGUCGUCGGCGAUUGGCUGACGUAUAGCCCUAGUGAUGUAAUGCUAUUUUUAGCCUGGCUGAGCUAUUUUCGGCCUGGUAACGUUGUUUUAGUCUUCGACUUAAAUAGUAACGUGGAAUAUAGGGAUCUCCUUGGUGUGUUUAGAUACAGACUGUACUUUGGGAUUUCCCUGGCGUACUAAUUUUAUUGGCAGGCCAUCGUCAUUCCCAGCUCUGGGUUUGAUGCUUAAAGGAUUGUCUUUAGUUAUUUUUAGUUCAAUUUUGAGUUCUAAUUCUUGGGUGUAGGCCUGAGUUAUUUUAUUUCUCAGUAUAAGAUGGACGACCAACCAGAUGACAUCCCUCCGAUUCCGGUCAACUUGGUGACCCGGCGUUCAGAAUUCCAUGAUACUUUGCUGGGGCCUCUCAUCGACGAGGUUCUCGAGUUUCGUGAAGAGUAUGGCAAUAUAAAUGAUGUAACUGCAUUACAGGUAGCUUUAGGGUCCGAUCCUGUAGAUCUUAGGGGUCUUUAUUUUGAUUAUACUCCUAGCCCGCAUUUCCGGCGGGAUGGCUAUGCCGUAUGGAGGGCUCGUAAUGAGGGCACUGUAGGGGGUAGGGAUGCUUGGACACCAGUAGGUGUGACUGACCAUUCCCAAUCACCGCCAGGCGCUAAUAUGCAUAGGGUGUAUCCGCCGGCAUCUAACCCGCCCCCUCCUAGGGUUAAUCCAUUUGCUCCCCAUUCGUUGGGGGUCGACGCGGGUCGCGUCCAACGGAAGGAAAGCCCACCCCCUCCUAUGAGGAAGCUUAUCGUUAUUUUCUACCACAACCCCACCACAGCGCCCGGCGACCAUGCCAGUUCGCACAGUGACUAGGGGUGUAGGGACCCAAUCUGGCCCGGUGUCUACUGCGCAUGGCAGUACAACGCAUACUGCACCCCAACACACAACUUAUGCUGCUGUGGGCCAAUCUGUCCCGGGGGGAGGUGUACCUCGUGAAGUAGUGGACCAAGGGUGUUAUAGGUCUUAUGGUACUCCGAACUGGGGCGCACAGGUUAAUCAGAUAGCCCCACCAGUUCUACCCCAGGGUGUGGUAUGCACCCAAUCUGACCAGGAGCGUCAACAAGUCCCCAACCUCAAGCAUCUAGAGGACGCAGUCGCGUCACUAUUAGAUCUUGUCAUGGUAGAGAACGUCAUCGUUCUUCACCGCCACAUUCACCUAGGCAAAGUAGGCGUAACCCUACCCCGCCUCGCCAAGACUAUGAUAGAAUGAUAGAGACAGUUAUACGUCUCUUGACCACACUUAUCCUAGAUGGCGUAACCACUCACCCUCUCCACCUGUACGUAGGGGUGUAUCUGCUUAUCAGGAGCACACGCGCCCCACGCGGGGGAAUGGUGAUAUGCAAUCGCGGUCUAGCCCUAGGGGUUCUUAUGAUAGGGGUAUGUCGGUCUCACCCUAGGGAUCACUAUGUGGAUAGGGACGACUCGGGUUCUUCCUUUAGUGAUGAUGCCUUUGAGGCGGAGCGCGCCUUACCACGGGAUAAUCACCGGGGGAACCCCAGGUCUCGAGUUUCUCGAGACACUAACCGUAAUAGAUCCGACUCAAGGUCUCCUGACCCCAUUGACCAUCCUAGGGGGCGGGCUAGAACCAGGCGUGGGAGGGAUUAUAGUGAUCGGGAUCGAUCUAACGCCCCUAGGCGAAGACGUCAAGACCGACCUGGUCGUGCCCCGGUUAAAAUGCCUAAAAAUUUAGAAUUUACAGGGAAGGAGGAUUGGCUUGUCUUUAGGGACCGAUUCGAGUCGUAUGCAAGGGCGCAAGAUUUAAGCCCAAAAGAAAGGAAGGAGGGUUUCUUUCAGUGUGUUAAAGGGAAAGCAGCAUCCUACCUGCAGAAUCUGAGUCUGGCUCGUGGGGGGAUGGUUAAUUAGGACACUAUCCUGAGGUCCUUUGAUGGGUUCUACGGGCGUGAUGAGCCCAGGGAGGUUCUAAAAACUAAGUUUCAACUUCUCCAACAGUCAGAAGGCGAAUGACUUCAUGACUGGGGUGCCCGUGUAUUCACGGCGGCUGUUAAGACCUAUAAAGACAACGAAACAGCAGCGAGUAUCGACGCUGCAACGGCAAUGCGUGUUUGUAUGGGUUGUCGCAAUGUCGACGCCGGCAAGUACGCGGAACUGCAGCGUCCUAGAACCUUGCAUCAAGCACUCGAGCAAAUCGAGUGGUUUCAGUGCAUGAAAGAGUGCACGUCAACUACCUCUACUGAAUCCGGGUCUGGCAAGGUGUGCCAAAUCACGCCAACUACAGAUUCCGAAUCUGAUUUAUUGUUCGGGGAUACCACGGAAGUGGGUUGGCUCGAUGAAGUUCGUCGAGGUCCGGGGUGGCGGCGCCCUGGGAAAAACCGCCAAGUAUCACCGGCUCCGCAAGCCCCUCCUCCACCCCCUGCCGUAGGAACCGGGGAGAAGGGGACGGACCAAAUAGUAGUAGACAAAUUAGAUCAACUAGUGUCGCUCAUAGGUAAUGUGAUGAGCGAAUUUAAGGCCGAAAGGGAAAGGCGUAAGUCUCCUAAAAGACGCAGGUCUCCCGAGAGGCCGAUGGAGUGCUAUGCGUGUAGGGAACAGGGGCAUUUCAUGAGGGAUUGUCCCACUCGUAUCAAUCAACCGGGCAAGAAGUCGGUUAAGAUUGCUAACCCGGAAGUUAAUAUACCUGAUGAUUUAAACGUAUAGCGCCGGUUUUGGGUCUUUCGGAGGGCGAAUCUGCCCCCGAAUCACUGGUAAUUCAAAGGGUAAAUCUGAUUCCUUGCUUCAUGCCAGUGUUAUGGUGGCUUCCACCCGAAUCCAAGCAGUGGUAGACUGCGGAGCGACUGUUAGCAUUAUUGCCGACCGUGUUUUCCAGUCACUCGAUCCAAAACCACCCACAGUGGGUACUAUUAAGCUAUUCUUAGCGGGAAAAGGUGUAACCAUGACGGGGCGGAGGGUAGGCCCUGUCCAACUGAAUGUAGGGGAGACGGUUUACCCUAUGGUAGUAUACGUCGCGCCUAUUGACGACGACAUGCUACUAGGUUUAGACUUCAUGCAAGCUGCGAAAGCCGCAGUUGAUAUAGGUAAUAUGCAACUUAAGUUUGCCAAUAAGUCUGUUUCACUUACCACUAACCUCACGAGGGCCCCCACGCCAUCUAAUUAUACCAAGAACAGCUCAUAAGCAGGGUGAUUCACCCGUUAUCUGUGUAGUGAAUACUACUAAUAGUUAUAUUACAUUGCGCAAGGGAAGGGAAAUUGGCACCGCGACGGUGGCGGAGGUCUGUCCCAUGCAGGGCCCUGUCCCACCUCGUGAAUCAGUUGCGUUGCCGCAACAUUUGCAGGCGCCUUAUGAAGCCUCCAUAGGUCAUUUAUCUCAGCCUCAGACUGAACAAGUUAAAAAUUUGUUACUUGAAUUUGGCGAUGUUUUCGCCAAGGACUCCUUUGAUAUAGGAGAGCUGCCCAAUAUUGAACAUAGGAUUGGUACGCGGGAGGCUCCUCCUGUGAAACAACGCCUGCGCCGUACACCGUUACAUUUCGCAGGGGAAGAAAAGAAAGAAUUAGACAAGAUGUUACGGGGGGGGGGGGUAUUAUCCAACCGUCUACAUCGGCCUGGGCGUCAGCGCCUGUCUGCGUAAGCGUGAUGGAAAUGUGCAAUUCUGCAUAGAUUAUCGUGCACUUAAUAACGUCACCGUAAAGGAUGUCUAUCCUUUACCUAUCCUGGAUGAUUGCCUAGAUACAUUAUCUGGCAAUCAAUGGUUUUCAAAACUAGACGCUAUCUCGGACUAUUGGCAAGUUAAUUUAAAUGCCGAAGACCGCAAAAAGACGGCGUUUGUUACUAAGUACGGGCUAUUUGAGUUUGUGAAAAUGCCUUUUGGUCUGUGUAAUAGCCCGGCUACUUUCUCUCGGGUGAUUAACAUGGUACUUCGGGGGCUGAAUUGGCAAACAGCCCUCGCCUUUCUAGACGAUGUAGUUAUCUUAGGUAAAUCUUUCGAUGAUCACUCUGCUAAUCUCCGGGAGGCUUUAGGGCGAUUUCGCCUAUACAACCUUAAACUUAAACCUAAGAAGUGUGUAUUCUACCAGCCUAGAGUAGAAUUCUUAGGGCGAAUAGUCUCCCGGGACUCAGCUGAGGUGUCUUGACACCGACGUCACUGCCAUUAGAGACUGGCCUAGACCAGUGAAUUUCAAGGACGUACAACGUUUCCUUGGCCUAGCGAAUUAUCAUAGGACAUUUAUCCCGCGUUUCGCAGAGAUUACUCGUCCCUUAUAUGAUAUCGCCAAGAAGGGUGCCUUCUGUUGGGGGACUCCUCAACACGAGGCGUUCGAGACCCUCAAACAGAGACUCAUGGAGCCUCCUGUUCUUACGCUUCCCAACGCAGAGGACAGUUUCAUACUGGAUACCGAUGCGUCUGAUCAUAGAGCAAAGAAACAGAAGGAGUUGCAACGACCUGCACCCUUAUCUAAAAUCCAAUUACACGCUAAUUAAACACGCCGUUUUUGCUAUACUAAAGCACUACGAUCGCCCGUGUGUUAUCUACGAUCUUAUCUCUUUAUAACUGGAGGUUCUUGCCGUGUCCCUCAUCGGCGAGUCACUUGUUUUUGUGUAUAAAGUAAGUAAUUUACAACAAACAAACUGACCUUAAAUAUAAAACGCAUGCGCACUCAUUUCUUUUUCUUUGAAUUCAAGCGGUCUUGCGUAAUUUAUAUAGAUAUUUUAAUGCUGAAAAUUUUAAUUUUUAAACCAAGAAAAUCGGCUUAUUAGAACAGAUUUUACACACAAAUGUAAGUUUCAAGUAUUUUACAGUAUCACUAAAAUGUGUUAUUUUUAUUCUUUUAUAAUGUAAUGUUCCGUAAAUCUCAUAAAGUUGAAAUUAAGUUGCUGUGUUGAGAAUUUAUCGAUGUUCAUGUUUGUGGAUGCGAGAGUCAUGUGCAAUAUUGUGCAUUGACGAAAUUUAAUUUUUAAUGUGGAGGUUUUUCUGUGCCGAUUUCACCGAUUACAAAAUACGGUCGGAAGUCUAGUCUAGGCCUAGUAUGACUCUGGCCAAUUUCCAACAAUCGUACCCAUUCAAACUUCUUAUAAAAAAAAAAUUAAAUUAAAGAUUAGGCCUAUUAUUAAAUAUUAGGCUAUCGUUAGCUUUUUGGUUAGGCUUGGCCUAGCCUAGGUGGCCUAGGCCUAUAUGUGACGAGAAGGAAGGGCGGUUCGCACUAGGCCUACCUAGUACCGACAGUACCACCAUACAGCAAGACCUAUGCUACCAUAGGUCUCUAUCGUGGCUUAAAUUAGUUUCAAAACUACUAAGCCUAGGCCCUAUUAGGAUAGGCUAGGCCUAGGGGCUAGGCCUAUUUGAUUUCUUAAGAGUAAAUAUUGCAUUCAUCAUUUUUUUUUUACUUGUAAUUUGUGGUUAAUUAUUUUAUUCUUGGUAUACGUAUUUCUUUUUAAGAUAAUUACUGUUCAGUUCUAAUAUUAAAUCAUUAAUUCAUAAUAAAUUUUCUCUUUUUUUUGUAUCUUUUUUUUUUAUUAUUAUUUUGAGCUUCCAAUUCUCUGUUUUAUAGUAAUGGAUGAAGGAAGCUGAUUAAUUGGCACUCACAAUCAAUUUAGUCUUUUGAAAUUAGAAUGAGAAAAUGAAAAUCAUAAAAAUGAGGUUAUUUUGAUUUGACGUUGAGCAAAGAAUGAUUAUAUACUUUAUUUCUUUCUAAAAUGCACAGACCGAGAUACGAUGAGCAAGUUUUGUAGUUGUUUGCAAACUGUUUGCAGACUAUGUGGAUGUGCAAAAGCCAUCAAAGAAGGUCGUCAACCAUUGAUGAAAGAGAACUUCUCAAGAAUAAUUAUGGCUGCAUUGGAAGUUGAUGUCAGCAACGACGACGUAAAUGUACACCCUCCAUAUAUCUGCCAGUGUUGUGAACUGAAAUUAAAACGAUGGAAAACAAAGAUGCAGAAGAACAUGAAGGCUAACUGUAACAUUACAGUCAUGACAUUUAAUGCAAAAUGCAUAGAGGAACCACAACCAACUUUGAAAUGCCAUGAAGAAGCAGCAAAGAAGGCUGGACUUUUGUCCUGGUGUUCUGAUGAAAGCCUACAAAUUUUAAGGCUGAACAAAUGUGGUAAAGUUGUAGUCACUCUUACAAUUUUCCAGAAUUUCACGUGGAAAUUGAUUGUUUCUGGUGUGGAAUGUUCUCGGAAAACUUCAAUACUUGAGCAGUAUAUGCAUACACUAUGUGUAGAAGAUACGGAGAGACUUUGCCACCUGCUUGCAUCGAAAAGUAUAUGUGUAGGGAAUGGAGAUUUCGGCGAUCUUGUAAAUUCAAAGAGAGGACCAGAUGGUCAGAUUCCAUUAAAGAUAACUUCUAACGACCGUUAUUUUAGCGAGUAUGAGAACAUCCGUCACAACAAUUGUCAUUUGUUGGUAGAAGGCGAUCGCUGUCAUGUAUGCAGAAUACACAGAACUGACUUGGCAGCUAUGCGAAGUGCACUACAUAGAAAGAAGUGUGAUGAGCAAGUUUCUCCAUCAUCUACAAUUCCAAAUAAGUUUUUGACAAGGCGCCAACUUGAAAAUAAAGCGGUACAUCUUCAAAUGGAUAGGCGUAGUUUGAAGAGACGAAAUACAUCAUUGGAAGAUAGAGUCAACAAAAUGUACAAUGCUGAAAGUGAAGUGGUUCCUCAUCAUCAAUCGACUCAGCUCAUGGAGGCAUUCAAUGCAUGUACUGAACUGGACGAUUUGCCAGAUGAUUCACCAGCAAAGUUGUUGUGGGAGCAACAAAAAAUUUCAAAUGAAAAAGGUAAACAAAUGCGAUGGCAUCCAGCCAUAAUUCGAUGGUGCAUCGCUUUGCAAAACCGUUCUGCCUCAGCCUACAAUCUUAUGAGGGAAACUGGUUUUUUACGAUUGCCGCACCCUAGAACCCUUCAUCCAUACAGUCACUUUGCAGACACCGCCUCCGGAUUCUGUCCUGAAAUGCUGCAACGGAUUGUUUCAGAUAUAGGCCUUAAUAAAGAAAACAGUGAAUUGAAGAAAGACGUUUCUCUAAUGUUUGAUGAAAUGAAGAUCAAGUCUGGCUUAGGUUUUUCAAGCCGAUCUGGUCAGAUUGUGGGCUUCACUGAUGUUGGAACUCUUGGUAAUGAAAUAAAUGCAUUUGAAAGGAGAUGUAAAGGAGAAGAAGAGCCUCCAGUUGCAACACAUGUUUUAGUGUUGAUGUUGCGCGGCAUCUUUUGCAAAUUACAUGCCCCAGUUGGAUAUUAUCCCACUAAAGGAGCCUCAAGUGAUGAACUGUUUUCGUGCCUAUGGGAAGCAGUAGAGUAUGUAGAGACGGCGGGCUUCAGGGUUCGAGCAUUUAUCUCGGAUGGUGCGUCGCGAAAUAGAAAGUUUUAUAGGCUACAUUCUACUCCUGGAUCAACGUCUAUUACUUAUGUCACUCACAAUGAAAUAGAUCCAACAAGGAAUAUAUAUUUUAUUUGCGAUGUUCCACAUUUGAUGAAGACGACGCGAAACAACUUUGAGAACAGUAAGGGAGCGUCGCCAAAUUAUCCUACCGCGGUAAGCCUUAAUCUACCGCACCGCGGUAGACACAAGGCUGUAUAUGCAGAAAAUUUGCAUAUCACAUUGCAUACAAGUCUACCGCGGUAGAUAGAAACUGCCUUAGGGCCAACUGUAGAGCGUAACCUUAGAACCAAGGACAUCAACCUAUCAACCUAGUUCUUUAGUAAACAGAUUGUGAUUAAAUAAUUACUGAA